UCAGCUCUGCCUAUAAAAGGGGUCUUGAGGUGGUUCGGAAGGCAUUAGUUCUGUUUUAGACUUUUUGUGAAGAUGAAGCUACUGUUGGUUCCCGUGCUGCUUGCCGUGUGCGUUGGAGCUCAGCCUCUAACCAGUGAACAGAUGAAGAAGGCAGAAGGAUUCGCCCUCGGAUGUUUGGAGCAACACAAGAAUCUCAACAAGGAACAUCUGGUGCUACUACGGGAUGGUGACUUCUCGAAGGUAGAUGCCGACACGAAGUGCUUCCUGCGCUGUUUCCUUCAGCAGGCCAACUUCAUGGAUGCAUCCGGCAAGCUUCAGAAUGAUUACGCCAUCGAGCGGCUCUCGUUGAACCAAGAAAAGUCCAAAGUGGAAGCGCUGGUAAAGAAGUGCAGUACCGGAGUGGAGGUAGAGGACAGCUGUGAGACGGCAUUCCGCGCCGUAGAGUGUUACCAUCGGGAGAAGGCUUCGCUGCUGUGAUAUCGAUGGCGCAAGAACGAUCGUCAGCUCGUGAUGGAUGCACCGGGAUAGAAAGUCCUGUGUUCCGGUGCAAAUUUGUGCAUGUGAUUA